UUUUUUUUUUUUUUUUUUUUUUGGUAUUUUUAGUGGAGAUGGGGUUUCAGCAUGUUGGCCAGGCUGGUCUCAAACUCCUGACCUCAAGUGAUCUGCCUAUCUCAGCCUCCCAAAGUGCUAGGAUUAUAGGUGUGAGCCACCUCACCCGGCCUGAACCCAGACUUCUGGUGGUCUUCCCACAUCCACAUCCUCAUCCUCCCUCCUCCCUGCUGAAGACAUGAGAACCAUUUCACUUUGCUUUAGACAAAAGAUGUUAUUCACACUGUGGGCACCAGGCUGCUGAAUAAUGAUUUUCCAACUUUCAUUUUAAAAACUAUUUUAAAACCAUAAAAAUGACAGAUUAUCAAGCUUCUUUACUGAUAAAAUUAAUUACAGAGAAUGAUUGAACUGAUAAGGAUUUCAUUUAGUAACUUGAGACUGUCUUUUGGAACUUUUUCCAAUUAAUUGGUUUGAGACAGUAAGGUCUGACGCCAAGUUAUUUUUGUCUAAUAAAUUUUAUGUUAUUGUUAGACUAGAACAUACUUCUUUAAAUACAAUCUAAAGAACAUAAAGAAGUAAAAAAAUAAGCCAUUGAAAAAUAAGCUAUAGGUUCUCCAACCAAACAAAACGUUGUUGAUAUUUCGGUAUAUUUUACUUUUAAUAUUUUUUUAAUGCAUGAAUUUGUAGUUAUACAAAGUUAUAAUUAUAUACUAUACGCUACUUUAAUUUGGUCUUUUCCACUUAAUCUCACUUUAUAUACAUUGUUUCAUGCUAUUUCAUACUAUUUAAAAACAUAACUUAAUAAUAUCGGCGCUGCUCCUCCGCUGCCGCCGGGAGAGUCGGCGACGCCGCCAGCUCCGCGCGCGAACUCCCGUCCAUGGCACGCAGAGCGGCGGCUGCCCGAGCUGCUCGAGUCUCGCCCCGCGCCGCGCCGCACUUUUAGGCGAGUGCGGAGGUCGUGGGCGGAGGGGAAGUCAGCGCGGAGCUGCAGCCCCCGCCGGCCGCCGCCGCGCGGCGAGAGGGAGUUCCCAAAGCUGCCUCGGCCCCGGGCCCGGCCGGCCCCCUCCUUGCGUCCUCCCCCUCGCGGCGAGGCUGCCCCGCGCCCAGGCUGCCCCGCGCCCGCGCCCGCCGCCGCCGCCCGCAGCGAUGAUCUUCCCCAGCAGCAGUGGCAACCCCGGGGGCAGCAGCAACUGCCGGACGCCCUAUCGCAAGCAGCAGUCUCUGGUCCCAGCCCACCCCAUGGCCCCUCCCAGUCCCAGCACCACCAGCAGUAAUAACAACAGUAGCAGCAGCAGCAACUCAGGAUGGGAUCAGCUCAGCAAAACGAACCUCUAUAUCCGAGGACUGCCUCCCCACACCACCGACCAGGACCUGGUGAAGCUCUGUCAACCAUAUGGGAAAAUAGUCUCCACAAAGGCAAUUUUGCAUAAGACAACGAACAAAUGCAAAGGUUAUGGUUUUGUCGACUUUGACAGCCCUGCAGCAGCUCAAAAAGCUGUGUCUGCCCUGAAGGCCAGUGGGGUUCAAGCUCAAAUGGCAAAGCAACAGGAACAAGAUCCUACCAACCUCUACAUUUCUAAUUUGCCACUCUCCAUGGAUAAGCAAGAACUAGAAAAUAUGCUCAAACCAUUUGGACAAGUUAUUUCUACAAGGAUACUAUGUGAUGCCAGUGGUACAAGUCGUGGUGUUGGCUUUGCUAGGACGGAAUCAACAGAAAAAUGUGAAGCUGUUACUGGUCAUUUUAAUGGAAAAUUUAUUAAGACACCACCAGGAGUUUCUGCCCCCACAGAACCUUUAUUGUGUAAGUUUUCUGAUGGAGGACAGAAAAAGAGACAGAACCCAAACAAAUACAUCCCUAAUGGAAGACCAUGGCAUAGAGAAGGAGAGGUGAGACUUACUGGAAUGACACUUACUUACGACCCAACUACAGCUGCUAUACAAAACGGAUUUUAUCCUUCACCAUACAGUAUUGCUACAAACCGAAUGAUCACUCAAACUUCUAUUACACCCUAUAUUGUAUCUCCUGUAUCUGCCUACCAGGUGCAAAGUCCUUCUUGGACGCAACCUCAACCAUAUAUUCUACAGCACCCCGGUGCCGUGUUAACUCCCUCAAUGGAGCACACCAUGUCACUACAGCCCGCAUCAAUGAUCAGCCCUCUGGCCCAGCAGAUGAGUCAUCUGUCACUAGGCAGCACGGGAACAUACAUGCCUGCAACGUCAGCUAUGCAAGGAGCCUACUUGCCACAGUAUGAACAUAUGCAGACGACAGCGGCUCCUGUUGAGGAGGCAAGUGGUCAACAGCAGGUGGCUGUCGAGACGUCUAAUGACCAUUCUCCAUAUACCUUUCAACCUAAUAAGUAACUGUGAGAUGUACAGAAAGGUGUUCUUACAUGAAUAAGGGUGUGAAGGCUGAACAAUCAUGGAUUUUUCUGAUCAAUUGUGCUUUAGGAAAUUAUUGACAAUUUUGCACAAGUUCUUGAAAACGUUAUUUAUAACGAAAUCAACUAAAACUAUUUUUGCUAUAAGUUCUAUAAGGUGCAUAAAACCCUUAAAUUCAUCUAGUAGCUGUUCCCCCGAACAGGUUUAUUUUAGUAAAAUAAACAAACAAACAGAUUUUUAUCAAAUGUUAUGAUGCAAAAAAAAAAAAAAAAAGAAAGAAAAGAAAACUUCAAUUUUCUGGGUAUGCACAAAGACCAUGAAGACUUAUCCAAGUGCAUGACCGGAUUUUUGUGGUUUUGUUCAUUUUGUGUUUAAUCUGUGUUUUUUUUUUCCAGCUGUAUGAAAUGGGCUUUCUGAAGUUUAACUAGUCCGACUUCACCCAUGGUGUUCUGUGCUUGCAGUGCGAGUGUUGCUGUGAUUCAGUGUUGCCGUCAGUGUCUCUCUUCUUAGCUUUCCGGCCUUUUUUUUUUCCGAGACGGAGUCUCGCUCUGUCGCCCAGGCUGGAGUGCAGUGGUGCAAUCUCGGCUCACUGCAAGCUCCGCCUCCCGGGUUCACGCCAGUCUCCUGCCUCAGCCUCCCAAGUAGCUGGGACUACAGGCGCCCGCCACUAUGCCCGGCUAAUUUCUUGUAUUUUUAGUAGAGACGGGGUUUCACCGUGUUAGCCAGGAUGGUCUCGAUCUGCUGACCUCGUGAUCCGCCCGCCUCGUCCUCCCAAAGUGCUGGGAUUACAGGCGUGAGCCACCGCGCCCGGCCUGUCUUUCUUUCAAUGCAGUGUGAAGUGUCUUAUCCUUUUCUAUGAAUUCCAAUUUGCCUUAAGUCUUUUGAUGCUGUAGCUGUUUCAGUAAAAGUUAGUUCAAACUAAUGAUGUAGAAUGCUUUGACCAAAUGAGCUGGUCUAUUAUGCCUUGUAAAACAGCAGCAUAGGGCUUUUAAAAGGUAGUCAAUAAAAGUUGCUGAAAUUUUGGCUUUUUAAAAAUAAUAAUAAUAAUAAUAAUAUCAAAGGGUUAGGAUAAAGUCUUUUGUGACUCAUCACUCUGAAGCCCAAAUACAGAAAAGAAAAUAAAGGUAACAGCAUCUUCCAUUGUUCACUCCUCCAAUAAAAACAGAGCCCUGAAUUACUCAGGGAAAAGUCCACUGUUUAACACAGAUUUUGAGAUGUCCUUUUCUCAGCCAAUUAUCAAAGCCGUACAAUAAAACUGCAUCCCUCCUAGAAGCUAUCUUCCCUUACAUAGAUUUAGAAAAUUAAUAUGACAAAGGCAAAACAGGCAGGGAUUUGGACAGCUCAGUCCUAAAAGCACUGAGCUACACACAGAGGGACCAACACUCAGGGAGGCCUAGGUUUAGAGCACAGUGGAGGAUUCAUUUAAAAGAGAUUCAGGAGGGUAAUCUAGGUCAGCCAAUCACAUCUGGCCGAGGCUGCUGGGGACUGACUGUCAUUACCAUCUGACAGGUGUUCAGUGGCCCAAAUGAACUGAGUUAGUUUCAUUCCAGCUUCUAGAGAACAGGUGUGCAUAUCACCAAACACGAGGGGGAAAUCUACUGUUAUAGUUGGCACUAAUUAACAUCUUUGCUGGCAGGCUCAGCAGAAAGGCCAAAAGUUCAAUGGCUGUGGAAGGGACUGAUUUGCUUUGGAACAGGCAGGGACACGUUGAUGAGCCCUUGUGAAACCACAGUUCUCAAACAAAUGCCCACAGCCAUGGAUCUCCAUACCCUGACACAUGCCUGGGUGGGCACAUUCUAUGGAUGGGUUACAUUGAAGUCCUUGAACUCUUUGGAACACUCAGAAAGGCAACAAUUGUCAGCAGCCCCACCACCAAGUAAAAUAUAAAAUACAUUGCUAGAUGCAUUUCAAGCCUUGUCUCUUCCAUAAUAUUCUUGUUUCUGAUCAGAUCUCUCUGGGUACUCUGUAUCUUUGUUACCUGUUGGGCAUUCUGUCUAGCAGUGUUGCUUAAAUGAUUUUUAUAGUUCUGCACAUCCAGACAAGUUCCUGGGAUAGUGACCUGGAAGAACUGGCCUCCUGUUAAGUUGUGAGACCACCUAAGAGACUCUAGAACCUUUCCGUUUCCACCUAUAUCCUAGACAAGCUGCAGACUUUCACUAGAGCCCAGCUUGUCAAACCUAGUUCCUCAGCCUAGUCAGAAUCCAAAGCUGCAUUCCAUCCCCUGCUCACCACAGUCCUCAUUCUUCUGUAGUCUCACCUUAUCUUAUUCUCCAACCUUGUCCUUUCUUUUCCAACCAACUGAUUUCUCUUGCUUUUACUAUAUACGUGGCAAUUCUUUACUCUGUUCCUUUGAACAAAUUAUUGCCUCCACCAGGAAUAUUCUCUCCGCUUCUUUCAACCAAUCCACUGCAAUGACCCACUUUUUCCAAGACUUGGCUUGGAACUCUCUAACGAGAGGAAGCCUUCUCAGACCAACCACUCAGUGGGCAUAGUUACCAUUGCACUACACAUUUUGUGUUUGUGUUAUCUUUCUGAUCACCAGGUUGAACCUUCAAGGACAAGACUAUUAUCAUCACUGUCUCUCCCACUGUGGUCUAACACAAUGCUCUGCACACAACAGAUGUUCUAUAAAUAUUUGUGAAGUAAGAUGAAUGGGAUUGUCAAGAUAUUUAAUAAACACUUUUUUUUUUAAAGUAGAGAAUGG